AUGCCAGAGACGACAGCAGACUUGAAGAAUUGUUGCAUUAGGCUAAAUCACAUCCCCUAUGGGUUCUUCGAAAAAGAAUUAUUUGGAUAUUUUUCUCAAUUUGGUCGUGUUGUCAGAGUCAGAGUUCCCAAAUCGAAGAGGGUAAGGGUUCUUGAUUUUGAUUACUUCAACGUUUAGAAAUCCGUGACGUUAUUUGAUGAACAAUGUUUGUUUUUUCUAGGGGCUUUUCAAGAACAAGGCUUACAUCCUUUUCGAUGAUAAGGAGGUUGCGAGGUUGGCAUCAGAAGCGAUGGAUAACUACUUAAUGUAUGAUAAGAGAGUCAGAUGUUCGGUUAUCAAAGAUCGGGUACCAAAUGUUAUAAAGUCAGGACCUACCUUUGCAUACCAUGAAGGAUUCGAGAAGAACAGAAAGCACGAGGCUCUUCACAAUGCUCGUGAAAGAACAAACGACGAAACAAAGUUGGAAAACGUAGGUGGCUACGGUUUGUAUGACACAUCAGAUAGUUAAAAUGUUUUUGUUUUUCAGAAUUUGAGGGAAAAUAUUUUUAGACUCUGAUAGGGCGUGCCUCACGGAUGUUUAAGGAAUACUUUUUAGAUAAAAAUUGCCAUAAGUUUGCGUUCAGCGUUGAAGAAACUGAAGGAAGCUGGCUACGAAUAUGAAUUCGAUUUCUCGGCCAAAGAGAAGAAGGCACUCACCCAAGAGUAA